AAUCAGCCGGAAGUGCGUGGGAGCUUUUCCACAGAAAGGCAACAGUGAAGAAGGGUAGAAAAAGAUACUUAUCAGAAAGUUUUAAGGCUUUGUCUGGCGCUCGUCUGUUUUCUUUACUAUUAGGUCACGAUGGGAUCCAGGACGGUGUUUUUUCUUUUGUGGCAAAUAUUGAUUUUACUUUGUAUUUCGUAUAAAUGUGUCUGUGACUCCGAUGCUGAACUGUUUAGAACAGAUGGAGUGCUGCCUGCGCUGAGAAUUCACCAUCAUUUCUGUGCCCUGAAGAUGGAUGAAGGCCCAUGCAAAUCAAUCCAACCCAGGUUUUACUUUGACAUUGACACUCAGAAGUGUGAGCCUUUUGAUUAUGGAGGGUGUCAGGGCAAUGAAAACAAGUUUAAUACUUUGGCUGAUUGUGAAGAAAUGUGUUUAGUAGAACGUGGUAAAGACCCAUGCCAAUUGGAGGAGGAACCAGGCCCAUGUCGGUUAAUAAUCAUCCGGUAUUUCUUCAGUACCAUUUCUCAGAAGUGUGAGCCGUUCAUGUAUGGUGGAUGUCUUGGAAAUGCCAAUAACUUCCUGACAUUAAAACAGUGUCAGGAUAGCUGCCACCAUAAAUCCAUUGGGGUACAAGCCGAACCUACUAAAAAAACAAAUGUCUUGGAACUUCAAGAUGGUGAAAAGCCAAAGGUGCCUCAGACUAGGACUCUAAACGUGCCAGACUUCUGCCUUACUCCAGCAGAUGAAGGUUCAUGUGCAGCUUCUGUGAAGAGAUACUUCUAUAAUUCUACCCAGGAGAAAUGUCAGCAGUUUGUCUACAGUGGAUGUGGUGGCAAUAACAACAACUUUAUCUCCAAGAAAGACUGCAGAAGAACAUGCAUGAAAGGUGAUGAGAAGGAAUCAAUAAAGCCAAAACGUGGAAUAAGAAUAAAGAAGAAAAACAGGGGAAUCUUAAUCAAAGCUUCCUAAUCAAUUGGUAUCUGCUGUACUCCAACAGAAUCAUUGCUCUGAAUCAUUUUUCCAUUUCUUUAAUUUACACUACCUGUUGUCUUUGAGAUUUGUUAUACCAUUUAGCAUACCUUGAUUAACCAGACACCAACGGGACUGUUGAUUUGUGGCUUUUUAUUAUUCUGUGAGCCUCUGUCGAUCAUUUUUAUUGAAAAAAAAAAACAUUGUUUUGUGGUUAACUGGCUGGUAUGAGAAAUAGACGGUUUAGUUAAGAUGGCUAUAUUUACAGCUUUCAAUGUAUUUGGUGUUUUUAUAUGUUGUGUAAUUAGAUGAUUUAGAUGUUGAACUCUGACAGGCUAUUUUGUUCUAAGCAUGACAUGUGUUUUUUAUAUAUCUUAAAUCUGUGAUGGUUAGUAUUGUAAACUUUUAUGUGUGGUUCAGUGGGCAGGAGCUUAUGUUCCUCCCCCACUGUUCCGUCCUGCCAAAAUAUCUGUCAAUCUCCCCAUUUAAACCCCAAGUCAAGCCUUUAUUCUUUGUCUUGCUGUUUCGUUUCCUCCAGCCUCCCCUUAUCCUCCACUAUGCUGCUCCACAUCUGCAAAGGUCUCCCUCUGGGGGAAAGGGAAGCUCACUUCCCGACCUGAGAGGCCUGGCCGCCCCAGCCUCGUCCUCUGUGAGGAAGGUUAGCCAGAGGGGACCCCCGGCCAAAAUUUCUGGAACUUUUUCAUUUUCUCAUUUCCUCUGCUAUCUCUUUUUUUCACCCGUGCCAGUCUUCCUCUCUGGAGAACAGUUUGUUCCCAGCCUCGGAGCCCAACCGCUUUGCCUCUACUCCUCGGGGGUGGCUCUCCGAGCAGGGGGAGACCCCUGGCCCCAUUUUGCAUGAUUAUUUCUUAUUUCUUUUCCAGCAGUCUCCCCCACAAGGGAAGUGAAGCUCACUACUGACCUUGGGCAUCUGGGGUCUUGGGAUUGGUAGGGCACAGUCUGUAAAGUAUCUGCUGUGUUAUGUUUAGCAUAAAUGGAAAUGGAAGGAGGUUUUUUUGUUUUUUUUUUUAACCACUCGCAACACCAACUUGCCGGGGAGAUCGCCAUUCAUUUGGGAUAUACCACAAAUAGCUACGUACUUGCCUAAUAAACAACGCACAAUUUCCCACAAUUGGCUCUGGACUCGUGGUCUCAAAUGUAUUGAAAUUAAGAAGAUUGAAAUGUUCUCAAAUCAUUAGUAAAUAGCCUGUCCAAGGAGAGGUUGAGGCCUACUUGAGGGGAAAAGUGAGAUAGCCCACUGUACACACACUGUGCUGUCCUUGCACUGUUACUAGAUGACUUCGGUAAUCAUUGCUAUCAGUCCAGCACCUUUCAUUUAGCUUUCAUUUAGCUUGUGCCAACUGUAUCUGGAUGUUUUAUGCACAGAACCUGUAAGAACGUGCAUUACUGGGCGCAGGGACUGGUCUUCGCCCACAGAGGGUGCACACUCUAUUAGAAGGCCGUGCUUGGAUUGUCUUUACUUUUUAACAUCUGUUAGAAUUUAGUUUUGUGCAGCAUGUCUUAUUUGAUUUCAGGAAAAUUCUUGUUCAAAAGGUAAAAUGCUUUUUGAGUACAAUAGUGUUCUGUCUUCCCAUAUAAUAUGAAUUUUUUUACAUCAGACAGUUAUCUGUGAUGUGUAUAAUUAAGAACUGUAUCUUGUUAUAUAGUUGAGCAUGCAUGUAUUAUUGUAUUUCAUGUAUUUGCAGUACACAAUAAACAUUCAAUCUCUGUCUCCAACUA